UGGCCCAAAAGCGAUGCUGGAACAUAUCUUCUCUCGGCCCACAAAACAAAAGAUAUUGUGCAUAGCAAUGCUUUGGACAUGGUGGAAUGUUCGUAAUAAGAUUAAUGCUGGUGAGGGGGUCUACAACCUAGAUGAUGUCCGCUUCCGAAUCCGGCGUUCUGCUAUUGAGUAUGAAAAAUUCUUCUUGAAACCAGAGAAGCCGGCCCAACCUCCACCAACAUCCUGGUCUUUACCUGACGAGAAUUGCCUCAAGAUCAAUAUUGAUGGCAGUUUCGAUGCUGGGACAAGGUCGGGCGGAUGGGACUUUAUUAUUAGAGACCACCAGGGGGAUGCUGUUGGUUCUGGAGCUGGGAAGAUUAAUCAUGUUAUGUAUCCUCUACAAGCUGAAGCGACUGCCUGUAUCAAGGCAUUGGAGGCAGCCCAGAUGUGGGGAAUGACAAAUGUCAUAGUGGAAGCAGAUGCUUUUCUGGUCGUUCAGACACUUAAUGGAUCAGAUCAUGAUUUGGGACCAAAUGGUGCGAUGUUUAGAGAAAUCAGGGCCAAUGUUGUGCUUAACUUUACUUCUUGUCGAUUUGUUCACUCUAAUCGUCAUUGUAACUCGGUUGCUGAUGCCCUCGCGGCUUCAGGUGCAAAGAUGGAGCAUGUGCCCCAAGCCGUAUGGCCGGGUCCACCCCUACCUUCGUACAGUCAUACGUUGCCAGUGAUUUUGCAGGCACGUUAAAGUAAUGGAAUAGAUAUGUUCCUUCUAAA